AUGUUACGAACACUUUGUAUAUUAGUUUCUCAAACUAUUAAUGAUGAAUUGAUUCAAUUUUAUUCUUUAACACUUUUAACUGAAAAUCUAGUUUCCGAAGAAACAUUCUUAGCCACUAUUCUUGCAUCCAAAGAUCAAGUUAUAAAUAUGACAGCAAGUUCAUUUCAAACUUCACUUAGUGUACUACGGGCCUUUAUUCAAGGAAACGGUUUGCUCAAUCGACUCGGCUCAAAUUAUCGAUUAAUGAAUGUGUUUCUUGCCCAAGAUGCACCGUUUAUGCGGGCGAAUGUUAAUAUGUUUCCGUCACCAGAUAAAUGCAAAUGUGAUGUUUCUUCUUACUGUAAAGCAAAUACAGGUAUUUAUUCACUUUUACCAACAAAUUCUCCUGGCUCCGCCCAUAUAGACUAUCCAUAUAUGCAGCGUUUUUCAUCAUAUGACAUACGUAAUUUAUUUAAUGUAUCUGGUAUUUAUGUUGGAUGUGUUAUUCUUGAUGCAGUCUUACAAUCAGAUUUAUCAUGUCUCUACAAUAGUUCAUGUUUAUCACAAUUAAAUAAUUAUCUUAACAAUUCAUUAUAUCCAUUUAAUGCUACACCAUUAAAUUCUGUCUCCUACUCUUCAUUACCAACAGUCAAUGAUCUGAUCGAGAAUUUAAUGGUCGAUGAAUGGAUAUUUAAUUCUUCUUAUCAAUCUUAUUUUUCUCAAUGUAAUUCAUCAAUAUGUACUUAUACAUAUACUAAACAAUUUGAUGUGCUUUUUAUGAUUACAACAGUGAUAGGUUCUAUUGGAGGUAUUGUAACAAUUUUAAUGUUAGUUACUCUACCAUUGGUAACAUUUAUUCGUCGUUUUGUAUAUCGUCGACGACAACAACAACCAAUGAUUCAAACUGAGAUAGAUAGAGAAACUCCUGGAUCUUUACGGCAAAAUUUUCAAGCAACACUAUUAAAGACGAAAGAUUUUGUUAUAAGUUUCAACUUAUUUAAAGAUCCAUACAAACAAAGUGCUCAUGAUUUGAACAAUCAACGCAUUACAACACGUGUCUUUAUUAUUUUAAUGAUAAUUACAUUAAGUUUACUCAUUCUCUAUACGUCUUUAACUAUUGUUACAGAAACUGUUACUGUUAGACAACCAACAACCGAUGUUUACACUGUAUUACAAACAAAAUAUUCUCAGACACUUGUUUGUCCUUGUACACAAAUUACAAUUGAUUAUGAGAAAUUUAUUUCAUUUCAUCCAACGUUUCAUCAAAUUUGUUCAAGUGAUUUUAUAACUACACAAUGGAUCAAUUUCUUUCUUACCGACGUGCAAAUCCUUGCAACUGAUAUACGAAACGUGGCUCCGUUAUAUUAUAGAACCUUAUCAGCAUUUUGUAAUUUAUCAGUUGAUACUAUUAAUAAUGCAUUAUUGAUAUUUAACUUUACUAAAUAUGUAACAAAGAAUGUACAACAAAUAAAUCUAUUUCAAUCUCAAACUCAACAAAUUGUAAAUCUAUUCAAAAAAUCAACAGCUAAUUCCUAUUUACAAGCGUUUUCAGUGUAUCGUGAAAUGUUUUCUGGUAAUGCCUUAUUUUCUGGUCUACUAACAAGUUAUCGAUUUUCGCUUGUUGGCAACAGUUCGAAUGAUGAAAUAAUUGAUCCAUAUAUAUUUGAUCAUUAUUAUGAUAAUGGCACUUUUAGUUAUUCUUGUUCAUGUAAGACUGACCCAAGUACUUGUGGUAUACCAGGCCGCUUUGCUAAUUUAUCAGGUAAUCAUGCGGCGAUUACCGGUUAUAUGUCUGGCUUCUGGUAUGGUUGUUACACAGUUGAAGCACUAUUUCAAUCUACAUUUAUAUGUUAUUUUAAUCAAUCAUGUUUAGAUCAACUAUAUAAAGUUAUCAGUUCAGUGUCUCUAUAUCCGUUUAAUGCUACAGCAAUGAUUUAUAAUUCAUCAAAUACACAAUAUCAAAACACAACAAAAAUUCAACAAAUUGUGGAACAUUUAAUGAUUGAACAAUGGAAUGAUCAAAUAUCAUUCACUUCAUACUAUCAACAGUGUAAUCCACAAUUUUGUGUUUAUACUUAUAAUAAACAAGGAGAUCUCACUUAUAUAUUUACAACAAUAAUAGGUUUAAUUGGUGGAUUAACAACUAUAUUUAGAAUUAUCAUACCACCUAUUGUAAAAUUUAUAAGAAGAAAUAAACGACCACAACUUACUGAGACAGAAGUUGAGGAAUAUGAAAAUGCGACAAGUUCCAUUCGCAAAUAUAGUCAAAUGUUGACAAACUUUAUUAAAACAUUAAAUUUGUUUAAAGAUCCAAAUGAGCGAUCCAUUGAACAAAUACAGCAUCAACGUAUAUAUACACGUAUCUUCAUUAUACUUCUUAGUUUUUCACUCGUUAUUAUUCUUAUUUAUGUUUCCGUUGAAAAUAUAACACAGAUUGUAACAGUUAAAAAUCCAUCAAUUGAUCAAUUUAACCAACUCUAUCAACGUUAUUCAGAUAAUCUUCAAUGUCCGUGUAAAACACUAUCAAUACAAUAUCAAAAUUUCAUUCAAUUCAAUCCACAAUUUCAUUCUGUGUGUACCAGCGAUUUAGUCACAUCAAGGACAUGGUUAAAUAUUGAUUAUCCUCGUUCUGAAUUCACUUCAAGAAAUACACUGAAAUUUCAUGCGAAAAUCGAUGAUUUUCGUCAUAUUAGUAGUCCAUUAUUUGAAUUACUCAAUUCAUCCUGUCAAUUAUCAUCACAAACAGUGAAUAUAACUUUACUUACAUUCAAUUCCACUACAUUUACUACAUCCAAUCUUAUUUCACGAGAACAAUUUUCUGCUCAAACAUCUCAAAUAAUUGUUCAAUUCAUCGAAAAUACCGCUCAUUCAUUUCUAAGUAAUUUUUGGUUCGUUAACAAUAUGACAGCUGCUAACAUGUUAGUAUCAGCUUUAUUAUCAGAUUCAGCUUUAACUGUAUAUCCACAAUAUUAUUAUGAUGGCAAUUAUGACUACAAUGGUUAUGUUUAUGAAUAUACUUAUGAAUAUAUUUUUGAUCGAAGAGAUCAAAUAUAUAAUUCAACUGUAACUGGAAGUAAUUGUGAUUGCCAAGAAAAUUCUUUUUGCGUUCAACAAGCAGUCGUUUACGAUUUAAACGGUACUACAGCAAUUUUUCAUAUACCGGGUAUUUAUGUUGGUUGUUAUUUAAUUGAAGGUUUAUUGCAAAGUGAUUUACAAUGUUUUUAUGAUGAUCUCUGUUUACAAAAAUUAAUUGAUUCAUUAAAUAUAUCAACUGAUACUUCUCCUUUGUCAAAUUCAACAUCAAAAUAUAAAGUUACGACAAACCUUCUCGAAAUUCUUUCAAAUCUCAUGAUUGAACAAUGGAAUAAUGAAAGCUCUUAUGAGAAUUAUUUUAAUGAGUGUCAACCAAAUGAAUGUUCAAUAACGUAUGUAAAUCGAGGAAAUAUUAUUUAUAUUAUUACAACCAUGACUGGAUUGAUUGGUGGAUUAACAAAAUUCUAUUUAUUCAUCACACCCUUGGUGGUAGCAUUGAUUCUUUUUGUAAUUUCUCAAUUUAAACAAAAGAAUCUAGUCAACAAUAGAAUAGCAGCACUAGAUACUAUGGCAAGAAAACCUAGUGCUCAUACUUAA